GUCCAAUUUAUUUUCACUUGUGCUUCUAGCUGUUGCAUUCAGCAAUAUUUAUUAAAUAACACCGAUCGUAGCGGCGCGAGUGUGUGCGUAUGAUCGCUGAUUAGAUAGAAGCAUAGAAGGAAUCCCCGGGAAAGAUGCUAGUCAUUAACACUUGCAAAAUCGCCUCCAGGCUGGCAGUUCGCAGCCUCCAACUACGAUCGCUGAACGCCUCGCGCACUUUCUCGACGGGAUUGGCCCUGAAACAGAAAGAUGUAGUCAACGUAACGUUUGUGCGGGCCAACGGAGAUAAGAUCAAGGCGUCGGGCAAGGUGGGAGACUCGCUGCUGGACGUGGUGGUCAACAACAGUGUGGAUCUGGACGGCUUUGGAGCCUGCGAAGGCACCCUCACGUGCUCCACCUGCCAUCUUAUCUUUAAGACCAAUGACUACGAGAAACUACCCGACAAACCCGGCGAUGAGGAGCUGGACAUGCUGGACUUGGCUUACGAGCUUACGGAUACCUCCCGCCUCGGCUGCCAGAUAACGCUAUCUAAGGACAUGGAUGGGCUGGAGGUUCAUGUGCCGUCCACCAUCAACGACGCCCGCGCCGCGUAGACUACCUAGAAAACCCAUUUGUUAUUCCUUGUUGCAAUUUUGAGUUCUAAUUCGCUUUAGUUCAGCUAGAUGUAGUCAAUAUAUUUGAAGGAAUCCGAUGUAUUGUCCCAGGGACAGAAAGCUCAGACGGCUAUUAUAGAUGCGUAUGUAAAUUCAAUUUUGGUUGUAUUUUACCGCGCUGUUGUUUUUAAAGUGUUUAAGCUCAAAGGGAUCUAGAUAAAUAUGUAAAUAUGUGUUCGCUAAUAAAUCUACAUGUAUUUUCU